CUAUUUUACACAGAGGUUGCUACUGCAGCAACACGCGUUGGUUUAGCUUUGUGUGCUUCUUCUGACGCACAAAUUCAGGGCCUUUUCCAGCAGAGUUUGUUGUGAGAUCACAGGUCGCGAGGAUGACCGCUCGAGUGGAUUUCUCGUUGAUUGCUAGUUUGUUGUAUCUUUUCGGAUACUUGAGCAUAACUCAUGUUAUUCAAAGACGAAACACAGUGGAUGGUUUUUGUCCAGCGACGCUGACGUUCGUGCCGGCCCGUCGAGGAUGUUCUUCUGAUGAAGACUGCCCUGGAGGACACAAAUGCUGUCAAUUUGACUGUGGGCCUGUUUGUGUUCUGCCUGUUUUCAUGAAGCCAGGUCAGUGUCCCCUACCAGAGAUGAUUCCACUUUGUGCUGAAAGCUGUUUCCAUGAUGGCCAGUGUCCUGCCACACAGAAGUGUUGCCCAACCACCGGUGGCUUUGCAUGCAGUGAACCACGUGGUCAGGGAAGAGGUCAGAUGAGUUGUCAGGGACAUGGACCGGGAAGUGGACAGGGCCAGGGAAGCGGACAGGGACAGGGCUAGGGACAAGGCCAGCGCCAGGGACAAGGCCAGGGAA